AUGGAAGAUGCCUGCGCCGCAUCACUUGCCGUUUCCAUCCCGAUGCAGAGCACACACACCCACCCACAUCCUCACUGCGGCACUGCACAGAAAAAGGAUAAUACAACGCGUUUUCAUUGAGCCGAGGACAGCAUAGACACGGCUUACACUGACUGACAUCAGCAUGGGCAUUGAGAGUCAGGACCCCGCCCCGCCUGCAGGAAAUCUCACACCAAAACAAGUGAAGACCUUUCAGAAUGUGGAGCCAAAGGCACUGGGGUCCAUUCAGAUCAUCAUUGCUGUCUUGUGUCUGUGUCUGAGCAUCACUAUUCUUCAGCUCUAUGAAGAGGUCCACUUCUCUCCCGAUGUCAUUGUCGUAGUAGUGAUUGUUUUUCAGUUGCUUGUGUCUGGAUCGAUUUUAAUCCAUGCUGGAAGGUUCCCUUCCCUGUUCUGGGUGAAAGCUACACUUGUUGCUCACCUGAUUAGCGCAGCAUUUUCCACUGCCUUACUUGGCCUGCUGUCCCGCCACCUGCCUUACCGUCAGGACACGUACCACUGUGAGCACUGCAGGAGAAUGGAGAUCUAUGCUGUGCAACAAUAUUGUUACAAGAAGUGCACGUAUACUAUCGAGAGAAAUUGUAAAAUCUUGAUUGAUGGCUUCUUGGCCACCUUGGUGCUGUUUCUGGUGGUGGAGUUGUCAAUCUGCAUUGUGACCAUUUUGUUUGGACUCAGUGCCCUGACUAAAGGUGGCCUGCAGUUGCUUGGUUUUGGACAGCGCACGGCCACAUCUCAGCCUGAGGUAGCCACCCCUAGCCAACCCCAGGUGGAGGAGAUGUUUUCAGAGGUGGAGCCGUUGCCAGAACUUGAGCCUGAACCAAAAUCUGAGCCAAUAGAAGAAAUCCCCAGCCCACCGACUGAACCUCAAGUGGCCCCCAUUGACUCCAUAACAGACCUUUGAUACUUCUUGUUCAUGUGCUCUGUAUGUACAUGAAGAGAUCAAUGAGGGUUUUGUAGUAGGUUUUUUUAAUUGUACUUCAGUGGUUUAUGAAAUCAUGGUAGGAAUUUACAAUAUAGGAUGAUGUCAUUAUGCUUAACAAUGUAUUUACCUGCUAUAAAAGGCUGCAGUCCGUCUGUGGCUGUCAGCUAUGGUAGUUAACCUCGCAUGCCUGACAUUUAUGCCUGGUAACACGAUGCGGCCUCUGUCUGGAUAAUGUACUGGGUGAUGAAGGAUCACAUUAAUAUAAGAUGCAAAAGCAGAGACAGCUGAUGUAAAUAAAACCCCUGCAGGCUACUCGAUGAAUGAUGGCCAAUUGUAAAUAUAGCAGGUUUAAAUGAUGUUAUAACUGUACAGAACUGUACAUUUCAACAUACUGCAUCACAGGUAUACAUUUGUCAGGUGAGAAACGGCAUCAGACUAACUGCAACAGUAAAUACGUACAUGGCGAAACACUACUAAGAACAAGUGUAAAAAAGCAGGUUGAGACAUGUUGCUAUGAAUAUGUUAAUAUAUGUUAAAUAUUGUGACAUAUUCUCUUAGUUUUAAUUUUAUUUGGCCUCUUCAGUGCUAGUCAUUAUACAUCUAUGAUACAACCUGAUGACUUUUAGUAUUUAUUUUAAACCAAUAGGCUCACCUAAAACCAUGAACAUUAUCUUGGUUUGAAAAAACUUUAACACAUAAGAUAUGUGGCCAUAUCUGUUUUUGUGCUCUCCACUGUUGAUCUUCUUUAAGAAUCACUUCCCUGUUCUUAUAAUGUACUUCCUGAUGUCAAUGGUGCAUUUUGAAAAUAUGUCUUUCAUAAUAGAAAUUCUGUAUUCUUAAUUGACCAAUGGUUGAUCAACUGGAGAUUUUGGGGAAGUGUUUUAUGUGUAAAUUUUGCCAAUUAAUAGAGUGACAGUUCACUUUUUCAGAAGUACUUCACUCCCUCAUCAGACUCUCAGACUGUUAUUUUUAGCAUCUUUCUUGUAUAUAAAUUCAGUGUAUGAAAGGAAAGGCUAAUAAUACAGUCAUAAUCCAAGGUAAUAUAUCUUAAAGAUCUUACAAAGCCAAAGCAUUUUAUUGUUACUCUUCCCAAGGUGUUUACCCAUCGUUUCACUUUUUAUUUACUUUCCUUGUUUGCACUCGUUUAACUUUUCUUUCUAUAUCAUCAGUUAUUCUUUCAUUCUCAUGUUGAGCAUGGUGCUAUGACUUCAGUUUCCACUAGAUGGAAUCAAAGAAACUGGUUUGACAUUGUCAAACACUCUCAUAGUGUGUAUUGUAUU